AUGGUGUCCAAUGUAGCCGCGAAGGAUUUUGGGGACGAUGCAGGUACAAGCACCCCGUCCGGACCAGCGCGCGAGCGACCGCCGUCCGACCCGUGUCUGCCUGCUCGUCUGCCCACCUCCGGCUUCAUUCAGCGUGAAGCGAGUCAGGUCGCCCCUAAAUCCCUCGAAGCUGAGCUUGAGCGCAUUCGUAAGGCGUUGGAGAUACCGCCAGCGCCAACUCUCCAGGAGGCAGAGAAGUCAGCACCGAGCUCGCCGACUGCCAGUCCGAAAGCGAAGCGGAAGUCCUUUCUGGAGGCUCUGCCAUCCGCGUUUGCAGCGGCGAAGAUGCUCCGGACGGCUUCGCAAAGCAAGGGAAACCAUGCUUGGAAGGCUCCCGAGCCUUACGAAAUCAUGCGCGCCAUUGAGAGGCGGGAUAUCAUGUUUAUCAUGGAGGUCCGCGACCGCUCGUUCGAGAGUUUGAUCGUGAAAUCCGGAGAUGUGACGCCGCUCAUACACGCCAUGCGAAUAGAGCACACGGACAUGGCCAUCAUCUUGCUAGGCGCUUUCUCCCGAUAUAUCAACAACCUGCAAGACGAGGACGUCGAGAAACCGGAGACGAAGAAGUUCCUCAAGAUGCUGCGUAAGCGAUUUAAUCUCAAGACCGCGAUCGACUACGGCCUCCAGAAGCAACAGAAGGACCUCAUCGCGUCGUUCUUGCAGACCCUCAUCAUGAGCGAGGGUGACUCGUGGGUUAAGCUGCAGACCGCGGACGUCGCUGUCGCCUUGCGGGAAGGAACGGCGGGCAAGCCGGUGCACACGGCGGCAGACGCUGUGCGAAGCUUCGCCACGAAGAGUCUCGGCCAGGCCCACUUCAUUGCGUCGUUAGAAGACUAUGUCGCCAACGCCACCGCAGACCUUGUGAUGAUGGCAGCGUGGUCGUCAGCCCUGCAGUUUAUACAGGGAGAGCCGUUACCGUCAUACUACUUUGCGAGAGACGAUCGUGUCUAUAGGGCGCUCGUCGAACGGUUAGACAAGCAUAAUGAUGCCAUUCAGUCGAAGGUGGGACGGCGGUUACGGUGGCAGUUGAGGGUGCUGCGGACCCAGCUGGAGGGGCGGGCAAGAACUUACCGUAGUAAGGUCGAGUCUUUGGCCAAAGAGCUUGACGAAGGCGAAGGCAUUUGA